GAGGCGCAGCCUCUGGGGAGGCCCCAGAGCCCACCUCUCCCUUUCUGACCCCUGCAGCCCCAGGCUCCCGCCCAGAAGCGCCAGCCUCUGCCCAUGAGCUGCCAGGGAGCGAGCGCCGGAGCCCGAGCGACAGCUCCCCCCUUCCCAGCUCCCAGCUGCACAAGCAGCUCUGCUCAGAGCGAGCCCCGGAAGCCAUGCGCAGGGGUCUUUACCCCAUCUGUCAUAAGAGGAAACUGAGGCACAGAGAAGACUAGUCCAGGGCCAGGGCUGGGGGCCAGCAGCCUUCCACCUGCUGGGACAACCGGAACUUAAGGUGUGGGACCGAGCUGGGUGUACGUUGGCAGGAGAGAAGAAUCAGGAUGAAUCCCUUCGCAGACACCGUGCAGAGCCUCCGGGAGGCCUUCCACUCUGGGAAAACCCGCCCAGCGGAGUUCCGAGCUGCCCAGCUAGAAGGGCUGAACCGCUUCCUGAAGGAAAACCGAGAUUCCCUCCUGGCUGCCCUGGCCCAGGAUCUACGCAAGCCUCCCUUUGAGUCGGAGAUCUCCGAGAUCAGCAUCUGCCAGAGUGAGAUCAACCUGGCUUUGAACAGCCUGCACAGCUGGAUGAAGGAUGAACAUGUGUCUAAAAACCUGGCCACCCAGCUGGACUCAGCCUUCAUCCGGAAGGAGCCCUACGGCGUGGUCCUCAUCAUCGCCCCCUGGAACUACCCUCUGAACCUCAUGCUGGUUCCUCUGGUGGGGGCCAUCGCAGCAGGUAACUGUGUGGUGUUAAAGCCCUCUGAGAUGAGCAGCAGCGUGGAGAAGGUCAUAGGGGAGGUGCUGCCCCGCUACCUGGACAAGAACUGCUUUGCUGUGGUGCUGGGGGGCCCCCAGGAGACCAGCGCCCUCCUGGAGAACAGAUUCGACUACAUCUUCUUCACAGGGAACACCACUGUGGGCCGGAUCGUCAUGGCCGCAGCCUCCCAGCACCUGACCCCCAUCACCCUGGAGCUGGGGGGCAAGAACCCCUGCUAUGUGGACGACAACUGCGACCUCCAGAAUGUGGCCAACCGCGUGGCCUGGUUCCGCUUCUUUAAUGCGGGCCAGACGUGCGUGGCCCCGGACUACGUGCUGUGCAGCCCGGAGAUGCGCGAGAAGCUGCUGCCCGCCCUGCAGCACGCGGUGACCCAGUUCUAUGGGAAGGACCCCCAGAGCUCCCCGGACCUGGCCCGCAUCAUCAGCCCCAAGCACUUCCUCAGGGUCCGGGGCCUGUUGGGCAGUGGCCGCGUGGCCUUCGGCGGCCAGUCGGACGAACAGGAACGCUACAUCGCCCCCACGGUGCUGGUGGAUGUGAAGGAGACGGACCCCGUGAUGCAGGAAGAGAUCUUUGGGCCCAUUUUGCCCAUCCUGACCGUGAGUGGGGUGGAGGAGGCCAUCGCCUUCAUCAGGAAGAGGGAGAAGCCCCUGGCUCUGUACGCCUUCUCCAACGACUCGAAGGUGGUGCACCAGAUGUUGGACCAGACCAGCAGCGGGGGCUUCUGUGGGAACGAUGGGUUCAUGCACUUGACGCUGACCACGCUGCCCUUUGGAGGAGUAGGAAACAGCGGCAUGGGCACGUACCACGGGAAGUUCAGCUUCGACACCUUCUCGCACCAGCGAGGCUGCCUGCUGCGCAGCGCGGGCCUGGAGAAGUUCAACUCCCUGCGCUACCCGCCCUACGCCCAGCGCAACCUGGGGCUGCUGCUCUCCUUGGUGGAGGUGGGCCGCAAGAGCCAGUGUGCACGCCCUUUCUGGAUGGCCCCCCGGUGGGUCAGGUUUGAGACGACCCCAAGCUGGGAAGCCUUUGACCUCGCCUCUGGCUCCCCCGGGGCCGGCCUGCUUUGUUCCUUUGGGCUUCCCGGGAACCGUUUUCUUGCCCGAGGGUUCUUUUGCCUCUUUGGGACCGCUUCGUUUGUUUUUGCCUUCCUGGACCGGGCCUUCUGCUUUGUUCCCCUUCCCUGGCCGCUUCUGCUUGCCUUUUGUUUCCCGGGCCGCUUCUUCUUGGUUUUCCCCGGCCUUUGGGGGUUUUGGUUUCUGGCCGCUUCUUGCGUUUUUUUGACCGGGCUUCGUUUUUUUGACCGGGCCUUGCUUUCCGGUUUCCGCCUUGGACGCCUUGCCUUUGUUCCUUUGGCCCUGGGCCGCCUUCCGUCCCCGGGUUUCUGUGGCCUUCCGGGCCGCCCCGCCAAAAAAGACCUUUAA